UGACCAUACUUACCUACACCAACUAUCGUUACCUGUAGAAGCAUUCAGUUUUUAGUUUGCCGUCUUAGAAAGUGUAUUGUUAUCGGUAUACGAAAUCUUCGGCAAUUUCGGAAGGACCAAUAAGUGAUUUUUUUUUGUUUACUUAUACUGGUUACAACAAGGGAUUGGAGCGUUUUUUUUUGCAAAAUAACCAAAAAUUCAGGAUCAAAAUCUAGCCACCACUGAUAGCUACUACAAUAAAAUAGUAACGUAGGCCCCCUGGUGUAAACGUUGCUAAACAUCGCACAUAGUACAAAAAACUAUCUGAUGGAGAAACCGAAGAGAAGUGAUGGUGCUAAGUGAUGAUAGUGUUAAAUAAUUGUGAUAGUUAUAGUGAAUAUUAGAAAAUGAGGCAUUUACGCGCCUCUUUCGCACUUUUCGCAAUUAUAUUUCAAGUGUUGCCAGUUCCCACGAGAAGUCAUGUGGCAUUAACUUAUCCGCCCGCUAGGAAAUACGAUUUGGACUUUUUGGAUAAUUCAAGAACGAAAGCGCCAUGUGGAAUGCCCAAAGGAAGUAUAAAAACGUCCAUCUUGGCCGGUUCAAAAUUUAACGUGUCCUGGCACUUAGGAUAUCCACAUAAAGGUGGUUUCAAAAUACAACUCCUCGAUCACUUAGAGAGACCAGUAUUAGAUUUAACGCCAACUAUUCAAGGAUCUGAAUUCGUGUCGAGUGACGCGACGGCUCAGUCAUAUCAAGUACAACUACCAAGUGACUAUAAUUGCAAUGAUUGUACAUUACGACUUAUACGUCAAGCGCUGGAGUGGUCCAAUAACUAUAAGUUCUGGUCGUGUGCCGACGUAGACAUUAAACCACGAAAAGAAUACAGAGAAACAUGCAGCGGGCACGGUAGAUAUUUGUUAGGGCGAUGCAAAUGUGAUAGAUUGUAUUAUGGUGAUCGCUGCCAAUUUAGAGACGAGUGCUGGGAAAACAGUGAUUGUGGCGAACAUGGAAAAUGUAUCGAUAUAAAAGCAACAAGCGCCCCACGACAACAAUGUUAUUGUGAACUGGGGUGGUUCGGUCCAGGAUGUAAUAAACGAUCGGCAGUAAAAAACACCGAUAUUGAUUUUGGUUUAUAUACAGAAAAGAAACUCAGCGACACAUUCCGCCUAUAUUGGCGAAUAUUAAAAGAACACAAAGAAAUCGAAGUUGUUAUGGUUGUUAAUGGUACUGGAUACGCAGCCUUAGGCUGGCGACCUCGUUCAUUAACUACCAGCUGUAAAAAUUUCCCGGCAAUUGGCCCAUCGGCUCAAGAGGCAAAAAGCAGUAAACCAGAACCAACCACGGAACCCGAACCCAGUAGCGAGCCUGCACCAAACCCGGAACCAGAACCUAAGAGUCAACCGGAACCAACACCUGAACCGAAAACGGAACCUGAACCGGAGCCAUCUGCAACGGCAGAACCAGAACCUACGACCACGCUAAAACCAAAAUAUCGCAAAUCGUUGUACUCGCGUCGAUCUGCCUCGCCGUCACCAAGGGUACUCACAACUUACGAUAGUGGGGAUGUCGUGGAGACAAGUAUUUCGUACAAAGUCAGCGCGAUUCAAGGACGUAGAAAACGCAGUGAUGACAAAACACUAGCGGGACCUACUUCGGCACUGGAACCGCAUGGCGAGCACAUUAGCGCAUCAAGCACCUCACCGCUCACACAACCUAAACCUGAACCCGAACCCAAGUCCGAACCCGAACCAACAUCUGAACCUGAACCUAAGUCUGAACCUGAACCAAAAUCUGAGCCCGAACCCAAAUCCGAGCCCGAGCCGAAAUCUGAACCUGAGCCCAAGUCCGAACCGGAACCUAAAUCUGAGCCGGAACCCAAAUCUGAGCCGGAACCUAAAGCAAAACUAAUAAAAACACAUUCCGGUUUAUUAAAUGCACCCACUGCAACUGAAGCCAAACAACAAGAACAGCUAAAUCCGUACACACCUAGGCACGAUUUCAAUGCAAUGGACUGCACGGACAUAAUAAUCGGGUCCGCGAGGAAUACGUCAAAUCGCAUUGCAGAUUACUACACCAGAGAUCGAUCUACGCCUAGGAUGGACAACUUUUGGGGUGGGAAAAACGAUUUGACGGCGGCCAUGGCGUUUGAAAAGGAUGGUGUUACGACUAUUUUGUUUAGAAAAAAACUGGAAGCUCAAGAGCCCUCGGAUCACUCUAUCGUUAAUGAACUUAUGCACGUAAUAUGGGCGCAAGGUCAGGAGAAGGGAAAAUACGUUCACAUACCAAAGUCUGGGGUUGAAACGGCGAACGCAACCGAUAAAGAGUUUUACAAGGAAGAUGAGUUGAAGUAUCACGGACAUGGCGCUCAAAGAGGAUUUACUACAAUAAAUUUCUUUGAGGAGAAGAAGCAAGCGAGUGCAGGUGAAACAAUUUCGUCGACAACUGAAGUGACAUCAUAUUGUGGCGGUGAAUGGAGAACACCGCGCAGCUGUAGUUUAGAUAAUAACACUUGUGACUAUGCAGCUAAAUGGGAAUAUUUGCCGAGGGGGGAUGAGAUACGUUUCACAAUAACCACCAAACACACCGACGCGUGGACGGGUAUCGGAUUCUCAAAUGACGAAAAAAUGUCUCAAACUGACGCGGUUCUGGGCUGGGUUGAUAAGACAGGUCGUCCGUUUUUAAUGGACGUUUGGCUGAACGGAUAUACACAACCUCUGUUGGAUUCCUCGCAAGGAAUCUAUAAUACUAGUGGAAGAAUUGUGGAUGGUGUUACUGUGUUGUCUUUCGUACGGAAACGUAUUUCGAAAGAUCCAAAGGAUCUGUCAUUUACUGACGACCACUGCCUAUUUAUGAUGUUCCCUGUUCGUGGGGGUGAUUUCAACAGUGUUAAUAAGAAAAUUCGUAAGCACGAGGUUGUGCCUGUUACGUCUCUUGAUCGGAUUUGCAUUACAUCAUGUGGAAAUGAUUAUUUAGAUGAAGACAUGGAGGCCACACCAGAGCCACCAUUCUUAGGGUAUAAUAUGCAGGUAAAGAUUGUUAACUUGGGCGAAAAUUUCCAUGCUCCGGAACCGGGUAGUAUUCAAUACGAAGAACUAUCAAAUACAAUUUCUGACAAUAUCAAGCCGUUAUUUAGCAGUCUUCCUAGCUAUAAGCGGCUGGUUAUCGAAAAUUUGAAAGGCAAUGACCAAAAUAUCGUAGCAGUAUUAAAUUUACAUUUGGAUAAGGCCAUAGCAGAAAAAGGACGAUCUCUAUCAGAAACUGAUGAUCAAGAUAAUGCGGUUAAAGCCCUACUGCAAGAUAGUGUUAAAACUGGAAGAGUAGGUGCUCUAAUGGUAGAUCCUGCGUUUUUCGUUUUUUCAUCGGACAUAACUUCCAAUUCUAUUCCGAGAGCAUCGGAAGAACAAAACCAUUUCUUCAGUUUGUCGGGAACCAAGUUAUAUAUUGUCCUUGGAUGUUUAGCUGCAUUGGUCUUAUUGGCACUCAUACAAGCCAGCUGUACAAUUUACAAGACGACGAGAAAAUCGAAAUCUAGUCAUAAGGAUCAUCUACUGCAAAAUUCAGCAUGGAAGGAUUAUUCAACAGCAAAUACGAAUUACGCUUUUGACACCUUUGAAAGUCAGGAAAAACCAGCGAACGGACACAAUCGCAGUGAAACCCUACCAAGCAAGAACCAUCCACGUGGUGGACGACCACAGACGCGCCCACCUAGUGUACCACUGUACGGUCCAACACAGAUGGGCGACACGAGGUCGUUACAAAGACCACGUGGAGGUUAUCCACCCAGUCACUUGGAACGCAGCACACUUUCUCUACCUAGAACAACAUACGAUCGACACCGCGCACCUCCAGACAUGCAGCCAGAUUUCUACUUCAUGCCUUCCCAAAGGAAAUAUUCGGGAGAGGUAGUACGAGUUUACGUUGACUACAAUAACAAAUCGAAGUGAAAACUGAACGGUCUAAUUAAAUAAUUUCAGUGACUGUUAUGUGCUGUGUAGAAACUAAAGUUGGUGGACCUCCGUUCCGUUUUAUACAAUAAUAGAAGAGACUGAAUACGUCCUUGCGUGCCCUAAAAGUACCUCGUGGUUCGCCCAAAGUUUCACUGACUGUAUAUACCUCCGAAACAAAAUAAGGGCCUUACAAAAAAUUAUUCAUACUAACGUAGUUUUAAAAUUUAGUAUAAUUUCAAUUUGUAAAUAAUACUGUUUAAUUAAGCUGUAAAAUGUGUACCUUCGAGCAUUAGACUAAUUGAAAUCAUUUUUUAAUGUUACAUUACAUUAUUCAAGUCCAUAUCUUAUUAUUGUACCAAAGUAUUUAAAAAUAGCUACCCUAAGUCAAUCGAAAUAGAAUGAAUAGGUCCGGGACGAACAGUGUUAUUCAAUACAUUUAGAAGCCAAAUAAACGCUUUAUUUAUUUUUACUCUA